GUGCGCAUGCUCCUUGCGCAUGGUCGAGCUCGGGGCGGUGUAGACCAGCUGCCUCUGCUCCAGUUCCCGGUGAGCCUCAAUUACGGUGGCAGUUGGUGGUGGUGUCAGCUUGGUGUCGGCGUGAGGCGGAGCUGGGCGAAAGAGGUAACCCUGUGUGAGUGGAAGACCCGUAUUUCUCUACCUGGACCGCACGCUCCUCUUGCUAGGAGCACAGAGCUAAAGGUUUUGUGGCAAUUGGAUGUAUUCCGAAGAAGCCUGCGGGUUCUAACUGGACAUGUUUGUGAGGGAGAUGCCUGCAUAUUUUGUGCAUUGAAGACAACAUUUGCACAGUUUCAACAUAGUCGAGAGAAAGCACUUCCUUCAGAUAACAUAAGGCAUGCUCUUGCAGAAAGCUUCAAAGAUGAACAGCGAUUUCAGCUUGGCCUCAUGGACGAUGCUGCAGAGUGCUUUGAAAAUAUAUUGGAGAGGAUUCAUUUUCACAUAGUGCCAAGCAGAGAUGCAGACAUGUGUACCUCUAAAUCUUGUAUCACUCACCAGAAGUUUGCUAUGACUCUGUAUGAACAGUGUGUGUGUCGUAGCUGUGGAGCAUCAUCAGAUCCUCUACCUUUUACAGAAUUUGUGCGGUACAUUUCUACAACAGCCCUAUGCAAUGAAGUUGAAAGAAUGAUGGAAAGGCAUGAGCGCUUUAAGCCUGAAAUGUUUGCAGAAUUGUUGCAAGCAGCAAGUACAACUGAUGACUACAGAAAAUGUCCUAGUAACUGUGGCCAAAAAAUAAAAAUUCGCCGUGUUUUAAUGAACUGUCCUGAGAUUGUUACCAUCGGUUUAGUCUGGGAUUCUGAGCAUUCUGACUUGACUGAAGAUGUUGUUCGGAAUCUAACAACACAUCUCUGUCUUCCUGGGCUUUUUUAUAGGGUUACUGACGAAAAUGCCAAAAGUAGUGAACUUCAUCUAGUUGGUAUGAUCUGUUACACCAGCCGACAUUAUUGUGCCUUUGCUUUUCAUACCAAGAGCUCCAAAUGGGUAUUUUUUGAUGAUGCAAAUGUGAAAGAGGUUGGACCUAGAUGGAAAGAUGUGGUCUCCAAGUGCAUCCGAUGCCACUUCCAGCCACUGCUCUUGUUUUAUGCAAACCCAGAUGGCACAGCAGUUUCUACUGAAGAUGCACUCAGACAAGUCAUCAAUUGGUCACGUUAUAAAUCCAUUGCAGAAAAUAUGGGGUGUGAAAAACCUUCAAGUUAUAAGUCAGAUAAUUCAAAAGAAAAUGGAUUUGGUGAUCACACAAAACAGAGAGAAAAUCAGAAGUUUCCAACAGAUACUUCAUCGUUGAAUCAGAGCCACAUUCAAACAAGUGGUGGUAGAGGACCAGUUAAGUCAAGUCACAGCGAUCAAAGAGAAAAAAUAAAAGACAUUUCUAGAGAAUGUGCUCUAAAAGCCAUUGAACAGAAGAAUUUACUUUCUUCACAAAGGAAAGAUUUGGAGAGAGGUCAAAGAAAAGAUUUGGGCCAACACAGAGAUUUGGUUGAUGAAGACUUUCCACAUUUGAAGUCUGGAUCACCUCCUGCCCCACAUGGCUUUAGGCAGUAUGGGAAUCCACAUCUAUAUCAUAGUCAAGGAAAAGGACCAUGUAAACAUGACCGAGUUGCUCAUCAGAGUCAAGCGUCUACACAAGUACUGAGUUCAAGUAAAUCCCAGAGUCUUGCUCCAGGAGAGAAAAUAACUGGCAGAGUUAAAAGUGAUAGUGGCACUGGAUAUGAUACAGACAGCAGCCAAGAUUCUAGGGAUAAAGGAAGCAGCCAUAAUGGCAACAGUAAAAGCCGGAACCGUGGUUGGAAACCUAUGAGAGAAACAUUAAAUGUUGAUAGUAUUUUUAAUGAAAGUGAGAAAAGACAGCAUAGUCCAAGGCAUAAAUCAAAUAUUAGUAACAAGCCUAAAUGUAGCAAAGAUCAGAGUUUUAACAAUUGGCCAAAAGAGAAUCCAAAGCAAAAAUGUUUAGUGACCAUAUACGAAGAUGAAAUGAAGCAGGAAAUAGGAAGCAGGAGUUCCCUUGAAUCUAAUGGAAAAGGAGCAGAGAAAAAUAAAGGCCUCAAAGACUCUAAAGUUCAUGGUGAUAGUUGGCAGAUGCAAAGGACUGAGUCUGGGUAUGAAAGCAGUGAUCAUAUCAGUAAUGAAUCUGCUAAUUUGGACUCACCUGUUAUCGAUGGAAAUGGUACAGUAAUGGAUGUCAGUAGUGUUAAAGAAGCAGUAUCCUUCAGUGACCAGAAUAAGAUAAACAACCUAAAUAUAGAAUAUGUGAACUGUACCUCUCAACAGAGCAAAAACCCCUUGGAAGGCUUUAGAAAAGAGCUCAAGAACUUGGAAGUAGGUUGUAAAUCUCAUGAGUUCCAUCCAGACUCACACCUACAAAUAAAAAAUCCUUUGAUAAAAAGGUCACAUAUAUGUGAAAUCAAUGGAAAGUUGUACCCUUUGUCCAGUCAGCAAAUACUCGAGGACCAUGCAGCAAGGCAACAUAUCCACCAGCCAGAUUAUCAGAAACUUGAAAUACCAAGUGAAUGUAAAUUUUCUCACUGGCCUAAUACAGAAAAUUCUGAGAAAACAGGUUUACUUCUUCAUUCUGAUGAUAAUUCUGGAAAGAGAAUGAACAAUAAUGAAAUAGGCUCACCAUCUUCAUUGAGCUCUUCACCCAUGAGAACUGUUGGGAUAAAACCAGAAAUUGCUCCUCUCAUCCAUCAGCAAACUAUGGUGGAACAACGUUACCUGGAGAACUCUUUAUCCAGGGAACAUAUAAGUCAGUCAACCUGCAGAUCUGAUUGUUGUCAGAUGCCAAAACUUGUUUGCCAGAACCCACCACCUCCUUUGCCACCAAAGAAAUAUGCUACAACCAGUGUGCCACAGCCAGAGAAAAAUGAGUCUUCACCUGAUGUCAAAUUUACAGAGAUGUAUAAAGCUAAUCCUAGUUUUAUGAAGCACAAUUUAGGUACCUCUUCAGAACCAGGUUCAGAAGUGAGUACUUAUGUGAAUGAUGAAAGACUUAAGGAAACAUUUCAAGUAAAAGAGCAUUUUGGCAACACACCAAACUACCCAUCCAGCGUUUCAACUAAUGAUUUUCAGGCAAACCUGGGUACAAAUGUUGAUGCAUUUUGCCAACCAGAAAUAGACUCUAGAUCUACUUGUCCAAAUGAAACAGUUUCAUUAACUACCUAUUUUUCAGUUGAUAGCUGCAUGACUGAUACAUAUAGAUUGAAAUACCAUCAGAGGCCCAAACUCUGUUUUCCAGAGAGCAGUGGCUUUUCUAGUAAUUCACUAUCUCAGAGUGAAAGAAGGCUAGGACCGUUACAUAAUAGUCUUAGUUCAAACUGCCCUUCAGAGAAUGGAUAUAAGCCUAGUAUACACUGUAAUAGAUAAAUGAUAAAAUUAGCAAGCUUACCUUUCUCAUAGGCCAUUAAACAUAAUAGGAAUUGACUGACCAAACCUAAUGAUAAUAUGAAAUCAAAACACUGGCAUUUAAAAAGUCAUUAAUCACUUUAACUUUCUGUAUUAUUUUGUUAUCAAUUUAUUGCAUUUGUUAAAAAUUCCAUCAGAAUAGUCGUCUUGCACCAAAAAAUAGAAAAUCAGGAGUUAUACAAAGUCAUUUACCUUAUGCUGCAUUGAAUAAAAAUGAUUUUGUCCCUUUAUUUUGUGGCUAGUAGAUCCAUAACUGUUAAACUAACCGUUACUCAUAUUCACUAUGUUAAUUGAGAAAAAAACAGGUAGUAUAUAGUGGGGUCAAAGCAUUGUUUGCUUUAUGAAACACUUUCUAAUGGGUAACCAAGAGGGCUUCACCCAGUGGUUUCUGACAUGUGAUCCCUUUAAAUGUCCUAUAAAUUAUUGACGCAUGAAAUUGCUAACAUUAAAAAAAAGGCUUAAUGAUAAAGCAAUUUUUGAAUUCUCAAGAACAGAAGAAACUUAAUUUUGCUCCGACUUUUAUCUUCAUAAUGCCUGUUAACAUAAAUUAGGCCUUUGGUCGUUGUAAGUAUUCAGAAAUAUUACCUAAGCCAUGUAAGCUAAAAAUAAUCAAAACACUUAACUUCAGUAUAUUUAUUUAUCAUGUUCCUUUUUUUCUAAUUUUAUAUGAAAUGUGAUUUUCUUUUUGGUUUGGUUUACUUUGGGCUGCUAAUAUCCAGUGUUAGGAAUUAAUGUAGGGCCCUCUUACUGGUAUCUCACUGUGACUGCCUAAAUUUUCCCUGCUAUAAUCUUAACAGGCUAUAGGUUGUCAACUUAUUUCAGUGAUUUUCUGAUAUAUCUGAGUGUCCAGAUUAAAUUUCUGCCUUUCCUAUAUAUAGAGAGGCUUUAAUUUUAAUGAAAUGUAUUGAUUGAGCAUCCCUCCCUUUUUUCCUACUCUAAGCAAAUAAUAAUUUUACCCUACUUUUAUGGAGAGGGCUUUAUUUUAAAAAUAAGUAAUUUUCCAUUAUGAUGAUCUUAUAAGUGAAAAUAAGUUACUAUAAUUGCCUUAUUUCAUGAGUUAUUUUAUACUAAGCUGGUAAAUUGUGAUUUAGAGUAGUUUUAUAUUAUCCACACUAGAGAAUGAUAUUCUAUAGAAUUAACAAUUUUCCUUAUAUUUAUCAGUGGAUAAACUUUGUAACAACUUUAUGAACUAGCAAAUCCAAUAUUUUGACCAUUUCCAUCAAUUGUCAAAAUAUCCUAAAUGUGUAUUAUUACUAGGUAAGUCGAAAUUAACUGCUUGUAAAAGUCUAACCACACCCAGUUACCAGAUCUUGGCCAAAUUUAGUCUUCCACGUAGAGAAGUUUUUAAGAGCCUUUCUAACUAUUAACAGUAGGUAAUUAUUACUUACUGUAACAGUAGGUAAUUAUUACUUUAUAUUCUUAAUUUAGAAAUACUUGAAUAUCAGCUAAAGUAAAUUUUAUCUUUUAAGAAAGCUUAUUUUCAACAACUUUUAGUAUGGAGGGUUUGUAAAUAUUGUAAAGUUUGUAGAAUUGUAUUUGAAAUUUCAAUGUAUUUAAGAACUGCUUUUAUAACAUUGUAAAAUACUCCAAAAAUGGGCUUCAAGUAUUUUUUAAUAACUUUCAGAAACAUACUGUAUGGGGUUUUUUUUUUUUUUUAAUUUCUAUUUGGUCAAAAUGUCCAGUUGAAAUGUAUUAUUUGAAACAUUAAAACUAAUAUCUGGUGUGUAA